AUGGCCGCCUUGAGGUCGUUCCCCGACUUCCCCAUCCCCGGCAUCAACUUUAUCGAUAUCCUCCCUCUCUUCCAGGACGUCAACACCCACGAGGCUCUCCUCGUCGCUCUCCAGCUCCAGAUCGAGCUCUCCCACCAGAAGCCCGAUGUCAUUGUCGGUCUCGAUGCCCGCGGCUUCCUUUUCGGCCCCUCUCUUGCCUUGAGAAUGGGCGCUAGCUUCGUCCCCGUCCGCAAGCAGGGCAAGAUGCCCGGUCCCUGCGUCACUGCCGCCUACGAGAAGGAGUACGGCACCGACUUCUUCCAGAUGCAGGAUGGCGCCAUCAAGCCCGGCCAGAAGGUUCUUAUCGUUGACGAUAUCAUUGCUACUGGUGGCUCUGCUGCUGCCGCUGGCGAGCUCGUCAAGAAGCUCGGUGGUGAGACGAUCGGUUAUCUCUUCAUCCUUGAGAUUGCUUUCCUCAAGGGUCGUGAGAAGCUCGGCGGUGUUCCCGUCACCACUCUUCUCGAGACCGACGAGUAG